AUGUCUCCUACCGCUCAAGAGAGUUCUACGUCUGGUGACCGCGGAUACGCCAAGACAUCGCUGAAUUCGGUUAACCGUUAUCGAGGCCGUGGUCAAUACGAGUUUCAACAAGUCCAUCCUAUCGUUGAUGAGGCACCCAUCCUUCAUGUUGCAUUCCACAGCUCUCCAGACCAAGACGACUUUGCCUAUCCUAUCAUUCUGCCUAUGCUCGGCUGCACCGGCAACUUCCAAGAAGAGCAAAACAAUGAUGGCCGCCGUUCCAUCUACCUCCACGGCUAUGUAUCCUCCCGCAUAAUGCGACUUUCCCGAAAGAACCCUGCUUCCGACGACGAUGAACCUUCGGGCAUUCCUGUCUGCGUAUCUGCCACCUUGAUGGAUGGCAUCGUCUUGGCACUCACCCCCAACCAUCACAGCUGCAAUUACCGCUCUGUCGUCGCAUUUGGACACGCACAUAUAGUCGAGGAUGAACCUGAGCGCCUGUGGGCCAUGGAACUCAUCACUAACAACCUAGUCCCAGACCGCUGGCGGCAUACGCGCUAUCCAAACAAGACGGAGCUCAAAAGUACUGGGAUCUUGCGGGUUGAUAUUCAUUCAGCGAGCGCCAAGGUUCGCGCAGGCACAACUGGAGAGGCGAGGGAGGACCUCAAGGAUGAGGCAAUGCGGAAGAAGGUAUGGGCGGGCGUGGUGCCGAGUCGGAUGGUCUACGGAACGCCGUUGCCGGCGCCGACUAACAUGUUUCCUGGCAUGCCAGAGUAUAUUGAAGACUGGGUGGAAGAUUGGAAUGAGAAAGCAGAGAGAAGUAUGCGUAUUCAAGUGCUUGUAGACUUCCAAAUUGGCGCUUAA